GGCUAAUCAAACUCUAUAACGCUGACGCGCUCUCCCUUCUAGAAAGUGUCCUUUUAGCUUCUAAUUAAACUUAAUUCACCAAAAAGGGUCGGCGGCACUGCGUUGAACGGAGGGCGAUAUUUAAACCGCUGCAUCCCGCUAUUUUCUUCUGUAUUUUGGCUCAUCAACCUCCAACGGUCUUUCAUUCUUUAAUUCCUGUUUUUGCAAAUAUCUACACUCCUUUAAACAACGUCACUCAUUUUUAUCCUCUAAUCAUGCGCGUUACCACCCUCCUAGGCCUGAGCGCCUACGCCGUCGCAGAGGCGAGCUGUUCGCGCAACAUCAUUUACUACGAUCAAUGGCACACCAAGGAUCUGCCCCCCAAGGACGUCACCCACAGCGUCACCCACGUCAUGAUGUCCUUUGCCAACUCGUCGCUCUUCACCACUGAGCCUGCUGGCAAGUAUGAGCCGUUCCAGCCUCUUAAGGAGGUCCGCGCUCUGUUUGAUCACGACAUCAAGGUUUGUCUUGCUGUUGGUGGUUGGGGCGACAAUGCUGGUUUUGAUGCGGGUCUCAAGACCGACAAGAGCCGUCAGACAUUCGCUCGUGGCGUUGCUUCUACUCUUGAUAGACUCGGUUUUGACUGUGUUGAUAUCGACAUGGAGUACCCUGGUGGUAACGGCGCCGACUACAAGCAGGUCGUCAACUCCAAGAAGACCUACGAGAUCAAGGCCUUCCCCAAGCUCCUCAAGGAGAUCAAGAAGUUUAUCGGCUCUAAGGAGCUCUCCAUCGCUGUCCCCGGUCUUGAGCGUGACAUGAUCGCCUACAUCCCCAGCGAGACCCCUCUCAUCGAGAAGUCCGUCGACUUUGUCAACGUCAUGACCUACGAUCUCAUGAACCGUCGUGAUCACUACACCACUCACCACACCUCGGUCCAGGGUGCCGCCCGUGCUAUCGACAAGUAUCUCUCCCUCGGCUUCCCCGCUCACAAGCUCGUUCUCGGCAUCCCCUUCUACGCCAAGUAUUUCACCACCAAGAAGGGCUACAAGUGCACCCACCCCAUCGGCUGCCCCACGGAGCUUCUCGAGAACCCCAAGGAUGGUAGCGACACUGGAAAGUCUGGCUCCAUGACUUUCGAGGCUGCCAACUUUGUCUCUGCCCCUACCAACCUGACUGCUACUCCUGAUGCUACCUGCGGUGCUGGCACUUUCUUCAAGUGCGCCACCGGAUCUUGCUGUGCCGCUUCCGGCUGGUGUGGUGACACCGCUGCCCACUGCGGUACUGGGUGCCAGUCUGCCUACGGCAAGUGUGACGGUACUGAUAUCUCUGCUUCAUUCCACGAGGCUCUCGAGAAGGGCAAGACUGACACGGUCAACGGAGGCCAGUGGUACUGGGAUGGUCCCAACCGCAUCUUCUGGUCUUGGGACACUCCCGAGCUCAUCACUGAGAAGAUCAACCUUCUUGCUAAGACCCGCGGUAUCAAGAGUGUCAUGGCCUGGGCUCUUGCUCUUGACAGCCAUGACUGGAGCCACCUUAAGGCUAUGCAGCAGGGCUUUGACCGUGUCAACGCUUAGGUGCCUGGUAGCUGGCUCUGUCGGGGCCGAAUUAUAGACUCAUAGAAUAAUAGCUGGGGGGUGAGGUCAAGAGAUUUGUUUUGUACUGCAAUAAAUGAAUCUUCCCUGGUGCACACUCUACUUACGCCUCAUGUUAUCAUGGCUUGUGAUUAUUUUGACAGCCGGAUGAGAGUGAAUCAAUAGGCUGUCAAUACAUUACCCCUUCUACUGAUCAGUUAGUGAGCUUGAGCCGGGAUCUCUCGGAUCAGACGUGGCUUAAUCCGCAAUCUCGAGGCAGUGUAGGGUCGGCUAUACAUGCUGCUUUCUCCCAUCAGCUAUCUCGCAACCUCAACUCGUGGCCAUGAGUUUCCCCAGACUUGAAAAGCUUAUCUUGGGUAAUUGUGCUGGGUAGCUGGUAUACUGCCCGGAUUGACUUUGAUAAGAGUGUUAUUUUGAGUUGAUAGUCCCCACAGCUGAUGGCUCACAUCACGCGCCUCAUUCGUGCCUUUGCUAGUGUAUCAGCUUCAACAUCGGUCAAAGGGUACUUCAUGCCACCCGUUCUUAUUGACAACCCACCCAAGGAUUCAGAGAUCGUGCAAACUGAACCAUUUGGUUCAAUAGUCCCAAUUAUGAAGUGGCAGUCUGAAGGCGAUGCCAUAUCCCGGGUUAAUGCAUCAGACUAUGAUCUUGGAGUGUAUAUGUGAAGUAAAGAUGUCGCUCAUGCUCGAACCAUGGCUGAGCAGUUGGAAGCGGGGAGUGUUUAGGUCAACACGCAUUUCGAGGUCCCGCUGAAUGUUCCGCUUGGGGGACAUAAGCACAGCAGUGUUAGCAUGGAUUGGGGAGAGGUCGGUCUCACGG